AUGCAUCUGAUAGUCCAUCCGAGUCUGCUCGUUAGCGUCUUAAUUGCACUGCUGCCUUCGUUUUCCUCUGCCUCAGUGGUUUCCGUAGAAAAUGAGGUUGUCGAUGAGCGAGGGUCUGCGACACUGUGGCAAGAUGCGACGGCAGCACCGGAGACUAAGAGCAACGGGAACGCUACAAGCAGACAGGAUAAGGAGGUGGCGAUUACAUACCCCUCACGCUUGGUCUACUACAUGAAUGAAGAAGUGGAGAGCACGUAUCAUGACUUGGACACCCGUGCACGAAACCAGGCCACUGAAGGCCAGGCCAUCCACUUGGCACAGGCAAGCUUCCAACUGGACGCCUUUGGUUCUACUUUUAUUCUGGAUCUUGCACUAAACAAUGAUCUGCUGUCCUCGAAUUAUGUUGAGAUCCACUACGAAAAAGACAAACCAGUUUUCUCAAAGGGAGGCGAGCACUGCUACUACCAUGGUCAAGUAAGAGGGAAAGUGGUCUCUCAUGUGGCUCUGUCUACUUGCAACGGGCUCCAUGGAAUGUUUGAUGAUGGAGUGUUUGUCUACCUCAUCGCUCCCCUGAACCACACUCAAGCUGCGGGCACGGGGCCGAGGCCCCACACCUUGCAUCGGACAUCACUCCGUAUGGGCCGCGACCCUGCUGAUUUGGCUAUGAGUGACCAGGGGGAGGAAGAACAGAUCUUGUCCGACAUGCCUUGGUUCAGGUGGCGCAGGAAACGAGCGGUGCCACAGAAGGUGUUCGAUGAGAUCAAGUACCUGGAGAUCAUGAUAGUCAGUGACCACAACACGUUUAAGAGACAUAAAAGCAAAAAGCAUACGAGAAACUUUGCCAAAUCAGUGGUGAACCUUGUCGACGGUAUAUUUAAGGAGCAGCUUAACACGCGCGUGGUGUUGGUUGCCAUCGAAAUCUGGACAGAUAGAGACAGGAUUUCUCUCAGUGUCAAUCCUCUGGACAUGCUGAAAGAUUUCUCCAAGUACCGGCAGCAGAACAUCGGCGUCAGCGCAGAUGCUGUUCACCUCUUCACGAAUGUCACGUUUCAUUACGGCCGCAGCAGCAUGGCCUACAUCGGAGGAGUAUGUUCCAUCGGGAGAGGAGUAGGGGUUAACGAGUUUGGCAGCACGUGGACGAUGGCAGCCUCUCUCUCCCAGAGCCUGGCACAGAAUCUGGGCAUCCAGUGGGACCCUGUUAGCAGGAGAAAGGAGUGCGGCUGCAUGGAUUCCUGGGUGGGAUGUAUCAUGGAAGAUACUGGUGUGCAACAUCCUCGCAGGUUUUCCAAAUGCAGUAUCACAGAUUUUAAGAACUUCCUGCUCAAGGGAGGAGCUUCCUGUCUUUUCAACAGACCCAACAAGCUCUUUGAGGCGACAGAAUGUGGCAAUGGGUAUGUAGAAGUAGGAGAGGAGUGUGACUGUGGAACCAGGAUGGAGUGCUAUAAAGACUGCUGUAAGAAGUGCUCUCUGUCUAAUGGUGCUCACUGCAGCGAUGGGCCGUGCUGCAACAGCACCUGUCUGUUCCUUCCAAGGGGCUACGGUUGCCGCUACUCUGUGAAUGACUGCGAUAUUUCAGAGUCUUGUUCAGGAGAUUCAGGACAGUGUCCUCCCAACCUACAUAAGCAGGACGGGUAUCCCUGUCAGCUCAACCAGGGUCGCUGUUAUGGAGGUGAAUGCAAGACCAGAGACAGCCAGUGCAAAUACAUCUGGGGUGCAAAGGCAGGAGGCUCAGAGAAGCACUGCUACGAAAAGCUGAACACUGAGGGAACGGAGAAAGGAAACUGUGGGAAAGAUGGAGAGAAGUGGAUCCCCUGCAGUAAACAUGAUGUGUUCUGUGGGUACCUGCUGUGCACCAACAUUGGUAGAAACCCCAGGAUUGGGACGCUGAAAGGCGACAUCACCCCCACCACUUUCAACCAUCAGGGACGUCUGGUAGACUGCAGUGGCGGCCGUGUACUCUUGGAUGACGACACUGAUCUUGGUUACGUGGAGGACGGGACACCAUGUGGCCCCUCCAUGAUGUGCCUUGAGCGGAAGUGUGUGCCUAUCUCCUCCCUCAACCUUACAGCCUGUCCUUCUGGACCCAACGGACGCGUGUGCUCGUCACACGGAGUGUGCAAUAAUGAAGCCACAUGCACCUGCGACACCACCUGGGCCGGGACAGACUGCAGCAUGCACGACCCACCGAAAGAACCACCCACCGUUGAAGACGAGGGUCCCAAGGGUCCUAGCGCCACCAACCUUAUCAUAGGCUCCAUCGCAGGGGCCAUCCUGAUGGCAGCCAUAGUGCUGGGGGGGACGGGAUGGGGAUUUAAAAACGUCAAAAAAAGACGGUACGACCCCAACGCCAGUGCCAUCUAAAGGACAGGAGCCUUCAGCCUUGCCUGGUUUCCCUUGGGAUUCUGAAAGUGAGCUACCUGCUGGACUGUGCCCUCUCCUGCUGCUAACAGCCAGUUAGCUUUACUUGAACACAAGGAGGAAAAAAAAAAGAAGGAAGACAAAGCUGAGUAGAAUGUUUUUCCACCCAAAGUCUUGUACCCAAAGCCUGUCCUAGUCCCCUCUACUUUUUCCAUGACCUUUGAACCAUUACCCUGUUUAGGAUGGGUGUGUGUUCUUGUUCCUGAUGUCCUGGCU